AUGGCGCGACACGGCCACCGUCAUCGGGCUCGAAAGCACCCUUCAAUCGAUGAUAUUAUCGACAACAUCGACGAUAUCUUCAAGGACAAUGACAGGAAGUCGGGCUCCACCAUCACAUCUGUCAUCUAUGUGACUGCGAAACCGACGUUCUCUGGACCUAUUGGCGGAUAUUCGACUGCAACGGAGGACCGUCCAAAGAUCACACCGUUUCCCCCGUUGGAGACUCCCACGCGGUCAACGAGGAGACCCAGACCAACAGAGACCAGUGAUGAAGAGGAGACAGAGACACCAACACCGGAACCGACUCCGGAGCCGACAACACAACGGACACCAACUACCACCCGUCGGCCACCCUCGUCGUCUUCGUCUUCCUCCUCGCAAUCAUCGUCCCAUUCAACUCCUGCACCAACGACAAGUAGUGAUCGGGACUUCACUACCUCUACGUUGGCCCCAACACGGACGAUUGCUACCAACUCCAAUGAUGCAGCUAUGGAGACAACCUCGGGCUCUAGCUCGGCUACUGCUGUCCCAAGUGCUGGAGGAAUGAGCCCGGGUGCGAAAGCUGGUCUUGCAAUUGGUCUCAUUGCCCUUGCUGCUAUUAUUGGCGGCGCUAUAUUCUUCUUCCUUCGUAAGAGGAAAAGAGAACAGGAGUUACAGGAGAUUGACAACGAGAAAUCGUUCAGUAAUGCGGCCGCAAGUUUCCCACCACCUCCUACUUCUAGACCAACUACGUCCACUACUUCUCCCGUUGCACCAAAGCUCAACAUUCGACCUGUGACUCAGUUCUCUCCAGACUUUGGAAGCCCGCUCCCCGGGGCAGCCAAGGCUCCAGGCAUGCUCAACGUCUCUGGUUCCUUGCCUACUCCCCCAGCAUCUGCCGGUGGCUCGCGCAGCCUGACGGACGGCCCUGGGCCAUCUGCACCAGUCAAGUCACAUACUGCCACAAAUUCUGAUCCAUUCAAUGACCCAGUCAACCCCUUCGACAAUCCAAGCUCGGCUCCUUCGUCGCCUCCAAACCGGACGCUUCCAGAAGCCCUCCAGGUCCGUACGCCGAGCGUUGGUUCAGAUGUCGGCCGCCCCGUAUCUCCUGUAUCCGAAGGCACUGUCAACACUGGCGUUGUUGCAUCCGCUAGCGCAUUGGCCGCUGUCACUACUAGCACUACCGCUGUUGCUUCUGUUGCGUCCAGUGAGGAUGCCCGUAAAGAUCAGCCGUCGCCGCCGCAGCAGCAGCCCGCUCCUCCACAAAUCUCGGCUGCCACUCCCGCGCCUUCAAGUCCUGCCAUGAGCACGGCCUCUGUCGUUAAUGUGGCCCCAGCACCCGCUGGAGCGCCUGCUGGUCCACCCCCUGGACCAAACAAUGUCUACCGCGUUCAACUUGAUUUCAACCCUUCUAUGGAUGAUGAAUUACCCCUUCGGGCAGGCCAACUUGUCCGCAUGCUCCAUGAAUAUGAUGAUGGCUGGGCUCUCUGUGUCCGCCUUGACCAGCCUCAACAGGGCGUUGCACCCCGAACAUGUCUUUCUUCCCGCCCUGUUCGUCCUCGCCCACGUGGACCACCUCAAGGCCCUGGUCAACGCACUCCCGUCCCAGGGGCCAUGCCUCCGGCAGGCGGUCCCAACUCCCCUGGACCAAACCCCAAUAGCCCGCGCUUUAACCCUCCUGUGAACAGUCGGCCAGCUUCACCUAAUGCAGGAUAUCGACCCUACCCUCCACCUCAAAACAAGUUUAACGAGAUCCCUCGCUCAUUAUCCCCAGGCCCAGGUGCUGGUAGUCCACGAAUUCCACAGCCACGAUCGAUGAGCCCAGGACCGUAUGGACCAGGUGGGAUGGAGAAGCCCGUUAUGCCUGCGGCCCAAAGACCAAGGAGCAACAGUGCCAGUGAUGCUGUCACCCCUUCAACUCCUGCACCAGCUCCGGCAGCAAUCUCGGAGGAGCCUGCAGUGAAACCAGAGCCAACUCACAGUCCUCCACCAGCAUUAGGGCCUGCAAACCGUAAACCUGUUCCAGGCCAGGGGAAUUAG